GCCCGCGAACUAAGUUAAACAUAUACGUGUCGAUGCAAAAUGGCGGCGUUUUGAUCAAGGUAAACUUCGUAUUCGUUGGCCGUUUUGGCAAUCCUAUUGCAAUGUGCUCCCUGUAGCUACGAUGGUACAAGAUCAAACCAUCCGCGAUGGACUGCACACCAAAAUGUCGCCUCGCUAAGCACGCUGAACUGAUCUUAUCCGCCAUCACAAAGGAAGAUGCUGCGAAGAUCCGCGCAAUCUUACCCCGAGUUUGCGCGAACUUUGCCCGCGUUUCUGAUCUGUUUGGUCGGAGCGCCUUGCACUUGGCAGCGUCUUGCGGCAAAGGCGACAUUUUGGAGUGGUUAGUGAAAGAUCAAGGAGUUGAUGUGGGCACAAAAGAUCUGGAGUCGUGCUGGACUGCUUUGCAUAGAAGUGUCUUUUACGGAUAUUUGGACUGUACGGUCAAGCUUCUUCAGCUUGGUUCAGAUCUUGGCUGUUUGGACAAGGAACGUCUCUCUCCACUGGAUAUUAUUCGACUGGAUUCACCAUUCCAAAUAAAAACAGGAGUCCAAGCUCAAGUUGUUUCUUUUUAUGAAACUUCCCUGGAAGAUGAACUUCAGUUAAAAGUUGGUGAUGUUGUGACUGACAUUCACAUGACAAGAACCAGAUACUGGAGUGGCAAUCUAAAUGGGAAAAGAGGACAUUUUCCAAAAGACUGUGUAAAGCUUUUAUCAGAAGAUCAUCCAUUAGAGCUGUUUACUUGGGGAUCCAACACUAACUUUACACUUGGUCACAGAGAUGAAAGCACAAGACAAGUGCCUGAACUUCUUGAAAAUGUCCAGAGAGAGGACAAGGUUUGCAUCAAAGAGGUUGUGAUGUGUAAGUUUCACUCUGUCUUCCUGAGUGUUGAUGGCAAAGUUUUCACUUGCGGUCAUGGCAGAGGAGGGAGACUAGGACAUGGCAAUGAGGAGACUCUUUUGGUGUUACAACAGGUAACAGCUCUUCAAGGAAUUAAUUGUGUGUCAGUCACUGCUGGUCAGGAUCAUACAGUGGUAGUCACUGAUGAAGGGGCAGUUUAUACAUUUGGUCUAAAUGACUCUCAUCAGCUUGGACAUUCACCCCUUCCAAAGCAGUGUCUCUGGCCAAAAAUGGUGCAACUUAAGUUGUGGAAGAGCAAAGAUAUCGUGGGAGCUGCUGCUGGGCGUUAUCACUCAGUGUUCUUUACCAGGCAUGAAGUCUACACCUGUGGCUUGAAUGCUGGGCAGCUGGGACAUGCAAAGGGCGAAAAAUUCCAAACACUUCCCCGUCAGGUACAGUACUUAAUUAAUAGAACUUCACAAAACCAUGAAACUGUAUUAAUUAAUUCAAUGUGCAGCUUUUGUUUACCAUUAAUUUGAGGCAUUAAUACACUA